GUAGAAGUAGCCAACAAGUUGUUAGCUGCGGUUAGCUAUGCAUUUCGUUCCAAGUUUUUAGAGUGAACGCAUAGAAUUAAGAAUUACUCUUACGGCUAGAUAGCUUAGAGGAUUUCUGUGCGGAGACGUGAUAAUUCAAAAAUAACAAUAAAUCUUAUUUAGAAAGUGAUGCUAACAUUAGUUAGCUUAUUUAAUUUUAACUCAUCCUACUAGCCAAACCAGGUGAGGAGGACAUUAUUUUCAUCUGUUUGUGCUGGGAAUAUUUUACGCAGCAUUUUUAGAAAAAUACCAGAACGUACGAGACUUUUUUUUUCAACGUCAAAUAUGACAGCAAGAGUCCUAAAACUUUGACUUGUCUACAAAUAUCCACAGCUUCAGAGAAGUCACGUGUUACACAUCUGUUCUCCUGUGAGUAAAGUAACUUGUUUUCAGCUGGGUUAAAAGAGCAAGCGUGGUUUUAAAAAGCAUGCCUUGACAUUGCGUUAAAUUUAAAAGGGAAAAGCGGAAGUACUUCCAUUUAGUAAGUUUGUGAGCUUAUCAUUACAAUGGCAAGCGCUCUAGCAGCCAAAAUGGGAUUUAACUCUCUGAUGAGAAAACAAGCCAGGAACUUCAAAGUCAGGAUCUGCACCAUGGAGUCGGAUAUGGAGUUCAGCUGUGAGGUCAAGUGGAAAGGAAAAGAUCUUUUUGACUUGGUGUGCCGGACUCUGGGGCUAAGGGAGACAUGGUUCUUCGGGCUUCAGUACAUCAUAAAGGACACUGUGGCGUGGCUGAAGAUGAAGAAGAAGGUUUUAGACCAAGAGGUGCCAAAAGAAGAACCACUCACUUUUCACUUCCUGGCCAAGUUUUACCCUGAAAAUGUCGAGGAGGAACUAGUGCAAGAUAUCACGCAGCAUCUUUUCUUCCUUCAAGUUAAGAAGAAGAUCCUCAAAGAAGAAAUCCACUGUCCUCCAGAGGCGUCUGUGCUGUUGGCCUCUUACGCUGUCCACGCUAAGUAUGGAGACUAUGACCCUGAUGUUCACAAACCAGGCUUCUUGGCUGAGGAGGAGCUGCUGCCAAAGAGGGUCAUUAAUUUGUACCAGAUGACAGCAGAAAUGUGGGAGGAGAGGAUCACUGCAUGUUAUGCUGAGCACAGGGGUAGGACAAGGGAUGAAGCUGAGAUGGAAUAUUUAAAAAUAGCUCAGGACCUGGACAUGUAUGGCGUCAAUUACUUUUUAAUCAGGAAUAAAAAGGGAACAGAGCUGCUGCUGGGAGUGGACGCCCUGGGUCUGCACAUCUACGAGCCAGAAAACAAGCUGACACCGAAGUGCUCCUUCCCAUGGAACGAGAUCCGAAAUAUAUCCUACAGUGACAAGGAGUUUACCAUCAAACCUCUGGACAAGAAAACAAAUGUUUUCAAGUUCAACUCCUCUCGACUAAGAGUCAACAAGCUGAUCCUCCAGCUGUGCAUAGGGAACCACGACCUGUUUGUGCGUCGACGUCGCGUGGACUCACUUGAAGUACAACAGAUGAAGGCUCAGGCCAAAGAAGAGAGGGCCAGAAAGCAGGUGGAGAAGCAUCGUCUGCAAAGGGAAAAGCAGCUGCGUGAGGAAGCAGAGAGAGCCAGGGACGAGCUGGAGAGGAGGUUAAUUCAGCUGCAGGACGAGGCUCACAUGGCCAAUGAGGCACUGCUGCGUUCAGAACAGACGGCUGACCUGCUGGCUGAAAAAGCCCAGAUCGCAGAGGAGGAGGCCAAGCUGCUGGCCCAGAAAGCUGCCGAGGCUGAGACGGAGAUGCAGCGCAUCAAAGUGACUGCCAUACGUGGCCAGGAGGAGCGACGCAUCAUGGAACAAAAGAUGCUGGAGGCUGAGAUGCGCGCUCGGAAGAUGGCUGAGGAGUCAGAGAGAAGGGCCAACGAGGCCGAGCAGCUGAAGCAGGACCUGCAGGAAGCCAGAGAUUCAGAACGCAGAGCAAAGAACAAGCUGCUGGAAAUCACCAGCAAAGCCAUCUAUACGUCCCCUGGACGGGCAUCUGACAGCAUUCCUCCAGACCUGAGCUUCAGCAGGGAGAACCUCAGCUUUGACUUCAAAGAUACUGACAUGAAACGCCUUUCCAUGGAAAUUGAGAAGGAGAAAGUUGAGUACAUGGAGAAGAGCAAGCACCUGCAGGAGCAGCUGAACGAGCUGAAGACCGAGAUCGAUAGUCUGAAGCUGAAAGAACGAGAGAGCGCUCUGGACAUCAUUCACAACCAGAACACAGAGCAGGGAACCAGCAAGCAGAGCAACUUUAAAAAGCUGACACUGCAGAGCACCAAGACCAGGGUGGCCUUCUUUGAAGAACUUUAAACUGUGUAUCUGCAGCCAGCAGCCUCUCGAGUCUCCACUCCCGGUCAGUCCUGACCACACACUACAAAGCCUCACGCUCCACCCGCCGGGAGCCAAACAAACACUACAGACAGAACAGGAACCACUGCACUCACUGCAGGAUCAGAUUCAUCAAAAGAGAGACGAGUGUGUGUUUUCACUGAGUGUGUGUUUGCGCUGUACACAUUCUUCAGUUUGAAGUAAACCUGAUGUGAUUUAUUAAUGAAGUUUGACUGCAAAAGGAGAAACCGGCUCCUAUUCCACUGUGAGUCUAAUGAGAUUUUAUUAGUGCGGUUUAACAGCUAAUUUCAAAUUAAAGGUACUCAUUGCAAAGUAUGAAACCAAAUGUAAUAAAGGUUAUCCUGACCUUA